UGAACACUUCACUUUCAAACCCAAACCCCCCCCAAAAAAAAAGCAUAAAACCCCCAUUAAUGGAGCUCACAGAAGAACAAAGAAAACAAGCAGAAGCAAACCGAUUAGCUGCAAUCGCAAAGCGAAAAGCCCUAAUUGAAUCCUCCACCUCCAUCGUUAACAUUCACUAUCAACAAAACCAUGAUCAUUAUUGGAGGCUCACCAAGUGCCCUAAACUCGCCAACGACAAUGCCCAUAUCCCAAAACGACCUCAGGAUUCGAAUUUGGCCCCAGUUUCGAAUACCAAAUUGUGUAAAAAGUUCCAGGUCAGGCUCGAAAUUUGCUCCCCUGACUCCUUCUCGGUUACCCCGGGGACGCUGCAGGGUUGUCUCUACCAGGGAGGUGACGAGUGCUUGCGAAGAUUGAGGGAUAUUUUAUCCGACGUUAUGCCAUCACAUUACACCCAAAACAGUGGAGGUGAAAAGGCAUGUGUUUAUAAGCUCAGGGAUUACGGUUCUGUUUUAUCAUGUUUACGGGAAUCAAAGGAUAUUGAAAUCAAGGAGAUACCUCAUCUAACUCUCAGAGUUAUUGAAACGUUUUCACGUUGCUCUAUUACUGGACAAUGGAUACCAUGUAGGCCAGAACAUUUAUCUGAGGAGGAUGUUCAUGAAUUAAUUGGAAAGCUACCAAGAACACUAUUGGACAGGCUUCUGCCUUUUCAACUUGAUGGUAUCAGAUUUGGUUUGCGAAGGGGUGGUCGGUGUCUCAUUGCAGAUGAAAUGGGGCUUGGGAAAACACUCCAGGCUAUUGCUAUUGCUGGUUGUUUCAUGAAUGAAGGUUGUAUUCUCGUUGUUUGCCCUGCUGUUUUGCGUUAUUCAUGGGCAGAAGAGUUGGAGCGAUGGCUACCCUUUUGUUUACCAUCUGAUAUACAUCUUGUUUUUGGUCAUCGGGAUAAUCCUGCCUAUUUAAAGAAAUGCCCAAGAGUUGUGGUUAUAUCUUAUACAAUGCUUAAACACUUGCGCAAAAGCAUGCUUGAGCAAGAAUGGGCUCUCUUAAUAGUUGAUGAAUCUCACCAUCUACGAUGUUCACAAAAGGCAUCAGAAUCAGGAGAGAUGCAAACAGUUCUUGAUUUGGCAGAGAAGGUCAGGCGCAUAGUUCUCUUAUCAGGAACCCCUUCUUUGUCAAGGCCAUAUGACAUCUUUCAUCAGAUAAAUAUGUUAUGGCCUGGUUUGUUGGGAGAGAACAAGUAUAAGUUUGCAGAAACUUACUGUGCUGUCAACGUUGGCCAGAGCUCUCAAGGUUUUAAGGAUUUCUCAAAGGGCAUUCGCUUGGAGGAGUUGAAUGUGUUACUUAGCCAAACGGUUAUGAUAAGACGUCUGAAGGAGCACGUACUAGGCCAGUUACCACCCAAACGUCGGCAACUUAUAAGGUUGCAGUUGAAGAAAUCAGAUAUAGCUUCAGCCAAGGCAGCUAUCAGUUUUGCCAAUGGUGAAGAUUUUGAAAAGAAUGCUUCCAAAGAUACUGCUUCAGAGAACCUUGAAGAAAAUCAUGACGGUGAACGCUAUUGCAAUUCCAGGGAACUCUCCUAUCAAGAACUUGGUGUUGCAAAGCUUCGUGGAUUUCGUGAAUGGUUUUCCAUUCACCCACUAAUUGCGAAGUCAGAUGCUGUGGUAGAAUUAGAUCCAAACUCCAGUUCUCAUAAGAUGAUAAUUUUUGCCCAUCACCAUAAAGUUCUUGAUGGAAUACAGGAAUUCAUAUGUGAGAAAGGGAUUGGUUUUGUCCGUAUUGAUGGAACCACGCUUCCAAAAGAUCGACAGUCUGCCGUACUAUCAUUUCAAUCAUCCAAUGGGGUCAAAAUUGCAAUAAUUGGUAUAACUGCGGGGGGUGUUGGACUUGAUUUUUCAUCGGCACAAAAUGUUGUGUUUUUGGAGUUGCCUCAGUCACCAUCGUUGAUGCUUCAGGCUGAGGAUAGAGCUCACAGACGAGGGCAGACAAGUGCGGUCAACAUUUACAUCUUCCUUGCAAAGGAUACCAUGGAUGAAUCAUAUUGGCAAAGUCUAAACAAGAGUCUGCACCGUGUUUCAUCUACAACAAAUGGAAAAUAUGAUGCGAUGCAAGAGAUAGAAGUUGAAGGCAUUUCUUAUCUAGUAACACCUGAUGGAAGUUGUAAACGUAAAAUUUUGAGGAAAGCAGCACCCGGCAAACUCUCACUGGAUUUAGAGAAAAUGCAAGAUUCUGAAUGCUUCCUGGAUAUGCAACUUUCAGAAGCAUCUACUGAUGCAACUGUUCAAAUGAAUGAUGAAUCUGUUGGAAUUAAUCAAAAUUAUGACAGCUACCUUCAUAAUGAUGGUGGUAUGGUUCCUGAUCUACUAAUAAACAAAGAUCUUGUGUGCAUGGGAGACAAAAACGAAUUGCAUCCUUCUGCAGCUGAGAUUGGAAUUUGUGAAAUAGCUCCUCCUUUGGAAAUGAAUAAGAUAAAUAAAGAUUGUGAUCCUUUGCCAAAGGGACAAACAAUCACAGCAGAUGAUGGUGUGUCAAUUCGACUAUUAGAAGAUGAAUGUUGUUCUAAUCAAGUCAAUUCUCUGCGGUUUGAGGUAAGCCAGUAUACUGGAAGAAUCCACCUGUAUUCUUGCAUCCCUGGGACAGAUUUGAGACCAAGGCCUCUUUUUCAGAAUUUCCGACCAGAGGAAAUUGAGUCAGCAGAUGCUCUUGCCAGUGGUAAUAAAGAAACAGUUUCCAAGUAUUUCAAGGACAACCCAGCCUAUAGGCAUGCUCUUUGGGCCUUCAUUAACGACUGGAAUAAACUAAGACCCAUUGAACAUAGAAAAUUAAGUGGAAAGCCUUUGCAACUCCCUUUAUCUGUUGAAUUAUGGUACUUGAAGGAAAGCAUAAACCAUGAUCGUGGGGGACUGCUGAAAGCUGGAAGCAAGCGGCGCACUACACCUUUGUGUGAGAUAAGCAUUUCAUUACCUCCAAAUGCUGUGUGGAAAAAGGUCCAUCUACGGGGUAGUUGUGGUAAAAAGGAGAGAGAGUACACUCAAGGUUGGACCCUGACUGAUGAACCUCUCUGUAAACUCUGCCAAAAACCAUGCAAGGGAAGAAGUGCCAAGACACCUGAAUAUUUUGAGGAUCUUUUCUGUAAUCUUGGCUGCUAUGAAGAAUACCGCCUAAGAACUAGCAACAGAUCCAUCCGCCAGGAACUUUUCCAAAUUGAGCAUGGUAUCUGCUCAAAUUGCCAAUUAGACUGCCAUCAACUUGUGAAGCACUUAAAACCUUUAUCGUCAGAGAGGCGGCGGGAGUAUAUUGCAAAAGUAGCACCAAAGAUUGCAAGUCAGAAGAGUUUGGUUGACAAGCUUGUUAGUGAUCCUUCCGAGGGUAAUGUGUGGCAUGCAGAUCACAUCGUUCCUGUUUACAGAGGGGGAGGUGAAUGCAGGCUAGAGAAUAUGAGGACUCUUUGCGUGGCCUGUCAUGCCGAUGUUACUGCAGUACAAUGUGCUGAACGAAGCUCAAUGAGGAUCAAAGCAAAGAAAAACCUUAAAGCCAUCAUGAGUGACCUAAGAAAUGUUGGGAAUAUAGAAAAGAAUGCUUCUCGCAGAAAGGAUCAAGGACCCUCAGAGAUAAUAGAGGACAUAACUGAUGAUGAACUUCUAGUCAAUGUUCCUGGAAGUGCCUAUACUGGAGGAAAAAGCGGCAGCCCUCAAAUGAAGGAUUUGAAGGAUUGCCCAACACCUUAAUGAUCAGACUUACAGUGAAGAAGCAUCUGCAUGUUAUCCUAUGGUGUAUUGGAUUGUCACUUGAACUCAUCCCACCUAUAUGUUGUGUAACCUUGCACAACACAAACUUCCAAGAAAGUGAUGAUGCCACUUCCAAGAUCCUGAACCAGAAGUGCAUAAAUUUGGAAGCAGCCUUAUGUAUGUAUGUGCAUGUAGAUAUGGUGUGCAAUCCUGAAUUUUUUAAGAAAUCCUUUGGAUAGGAAGUAUAUAAACCUGUUGGAGCAACCUACAAGUAUCAUCUGGAUUUCUGUUGCCCACAUUUUCUUCUUACUUGGAAGCCAACAAGGUAGACCUUAUGCUGGAGAAAGUGGCAGACGAGAGACCUAGUUGUUUGCACUCUGAACUCUGGCCUUUCUAUUAAGAUUAUCUUCUAACCAAUCCAAUUAUCUCGAUCAGAAAUUGAUAUCACAUAAUUAUCAAUUGUUUUCUGAUUGAAGUGUUUUUCAACUUUAUAGAUUUGCAACAAUUAAGAUUAUUUAUUAGUAUUAUUCAA